AUGGCUACAUACCCCUCUCCCACUGGCGGUGCAUCUCUCCUGCUGUCCUUCCGCCUGCCCCGGCAGGUCAUCGUGAUCAUAGGCUCGAAUACACUGGCAGCAGCUCGUGCCUUUUCAGCCCUCGAAGCAGACUCAGACGUUGUUAUCCUGUCUAAGGGAGGCCGGCCGGCUGCAUGCGACGAACUACGAUGGCGUGCAGAACAUGGCCAACUCAGGAUUCUGGACAUGGAUACAAUGCCCUGCUCCGCCCAAGAUGUUGCAGAUCGCGAUGCCUCGGCAUUGGAACAAUACCUCGCAGAGUCAAGACAUGUGCGAUUUGUCUGUGUCACAGACACCGUGCUCGGCAUGGAUCCACCAUUGCGCCGUAGCAACACCUCAGUGCAGUUGAUUGUCCGCGCUUGUAGCAAUCGUAAUAUUCCGGUCAACGUCACAGACAUGCCAGAAUAUUGCGAUUUCUCAUUCCUCUCGACACAUCGCUUUGUCGAUGCCAAGACAGGCGCACCGUCCUCCUUACAAGUAGGCAUCACGACGAACGGCCAAGGAUGUCGCCUAGCUAGCCGCUUACGGCGAGACAUCGUUGCCAAGUUACAUAAGGAGGUAGGAGGGGCUGUGGUCAAUGUGGGUAAGAUGAGGGAUAUGGUGAGGAAAGCGAGCGAUGUCCAGGACGAGGUGGGGGCCGCAGAGCUUAGCGAGGAUGCAUGGCCAUCUACACCGAAUCAGCCAGUACCCCAGAGGACCACAAGUGAGAACGCAGAAGAGGAAGCACGAAGACGCAUGAAGUGGGUCGCGCAAGUCAGCGAGUACUGGCCCAUACCUAGACUGGCGAAGAUGACGAAAGAGGACAUGUCUAUGGUCCUCGACGGUCGUGCACUUGCGGGUCCCACCGUAGCAUCGUCAUCUACGGCCUCUGAUGGCGCUGCUUCAUCCCUACAUGGACUCGCGUUGUGUCCGCCCGCGCGCCAGGGUCGAAUAUUCCUUGUCGGAUCUGGACCAGGACAUCCGUCGCUCUUGACUAUGGCCACGCAUGCAGCACUUACCAAGCAUGCUGAUUUGGUGCUCUCGGAUAAACUCGUACCUGCACCUGUCCUCGCCAUUAUUCCGCCUGAGGUGGAGGUCCGGAUUGCGCGAAAGUUCCCCGGGAAUGCGGAUGGAGCCCAAGCGGAAUUGAUGGAAGCAGCUGUGAAGGCGGCGCGACGCGGCUUAACUGUUGUGCGGCUAAAACAGGGCGAUCCCUCUGUAUACGGCCGUGCGGGAGAAGAGGUUCUCUACUUCCGCGAGCACGGCUUCGAGCCUGUCGUCGUUCCUGGCGUCAGUUCUGUUCUCGCCGGUCCGACGCUCGCAGGGAUACCCGUCACCCAACGUGGUGCAGCCGAAUCGUUCGUCGUAUGCACCGGUGUGGGGCGACAAGGCAAGGAAGUCAAGCUUCCGGGAUACGAACGCAGUCGCUCCCUCGUCAUCCUCAUGGGCGUCGCAAGGCUACCCCAGAUCAUCGAGACGCUCCUCGCCGAUUCCGGCGAGCCGACCUCGAGGCGUAACGGGCCUGCGUAUCCACCUUGCGUCCCCAUCGCCAUCAUUGAACGUGCAUCUAUGCCCGACCAGCGGGUAAUUUACUCCACGCUGCAGGACAUUGCAACGGCGCUCGAGAGCGGUGGCGAACAGCGUCCACCGGGGAUGAUGAUUGUGGGAUGGUCGGUCCUGUCGCUAUGGGAGAAGGGGGAUGUGAGUGUCCUUGAUGAUGGGGCUGCGGAGCGAGAUGUUUCUCGUCUCACGUCGUGGCUUGGAGAUCGAAGGUGGAGGAUUGUGGAAGGGCUGGAUGCUGCUUGGGAAGAUUGGUAAAUGUACUUUGCUUGCUUCAUAGAAUUACUGUAUCGUUAGCUUGUACAUGGUCGAAAUGCGG